AUGGCCUCGCAUCGCUUCAGCCUCCUCCUCGUCGCCGUCCUCCUCGCCGUCUACAUCCUCUCCGUCCUCCACCGCAAAUGGACCCAGUAUCGCUUCGCCCGCGCCCACGGCUGCCAGCCCCCCGUGCGUCUUCCGCUCAAGGACCCGUUCUUCGGCCUCGAUCUCAUGCUACAGGCCAUCCGCAACAGCCGCGAGCACAAAUCCCUCGAGCGCACCGUCCGCCGCUUCGACACGUACGGCAACACCAUCGCCACCCGGCGCUUCGCCACCCGCAUGAUCUUCACCCGUGAGCCCCAGAACGUCAAGACCGUCCUCUCCCUGCGCUUCCGCGACUACGGCCUCGGCCGCCGCAUUAACACCUUCGGCCCCUUGCUCGGCCAUGGCAUCUUCACCACCGACGGCGACCACUGGGCCCAGUCGCGCGCCAUGAUCCGCCCCAACUUCGUCCGUGAGCAGGUCGCCGACCUGCACGUCUUCGAGUCCCUCCUCGUCGACUUCCUCGCCCUCAUCCCCGCCGACGCCGCCACCGUCGACCUCCAGGACCUCUUCUUCAGCUACACCAUCGACUCCGCCACCGAGUUCCUCUUCGGCCACAGCGUGCAGAGCCUCAAGAAGCGUCGCGCCGGCGGCCGCGACGCCGGCAGCGAGGACGACUUCGCCGCCGCCUUCAACUGCGCCCAGCAGGCCAUCGUCAACGGCAACCGCCUCGGCCCGCUACGCUUCCUCUUCCCCGACCGUCGCGCCGAGGCCGCCCGCCGCGUCUGCCACGCGCUCGUCGAGCAGUUCGUCGACAAAGCGCUGGCCGUGCGCGCCACCCCCGACGAGGAGAAAGCCCAGCCCCCCGCAGCCGAGAAGAAACGCUAUGUCUUCCUCGACGGCCUGGCGCAGCAGACCGGCGACCGCCGCCGCAUCCGCGACGAGCUCAUGAACGUGCUUCUCGCCGGCCGCGACACCACCGCCUCGCUGCUGAGUAACCUCUUCUUCAUGCUGGCCAAGCAUCCGCGCGUCUGGGCCCGCCUGCGCGCCGAGAUCGCAACCCUGGACGGCCGCCCGCCCACCUACGAGCAGCUGCGCGCCCUGACCUAUGUCAAAUACUGCCUCAAUGAAUCUCUGCGCAUCCACCCCGUCGUCCCCGGAAACGCCCGCUUCGCCAACACCGACACCGUCCUCCCCCUCGGCGGCGGCCCGGACGGCCAGGCCCCCGUCUUCGUCGCCAAGGGCACCGUCGUCGUCUACAGCCCGUUUGCCAUGCACCGCCGGGAGGAAUUCUACGGCCCGGACGCGGAGGAGUUUCGCCCGGAGCGCUGGGCGGAUCUCCGCCCCGGCUGGGAGUACCUGCCCUUCAACGGUGGCCCGCGCAUCUGCGUGGGGCAACAGUAUGCGCUGACGGAGGCUGGAUAUGUGACCGUGCGCCUGGCGCAGCGGUUCUCUGUGCUGGAGAGUCGGGAUCCCGGCCCGUGGGAGGAGAGCUUGGCCUUGACGCUGUCGUCGAGGAAUGGGGUGAAAGUGAGUCUGAGGGAGUAG